AGGAUGGCUAGCUUUCAGAUCAUGGCUCUCCGCCCCUUCACUGUGUUGCCCGGCAUGUCCCUUGUCGAGGACACCUGCAACCCCCUCCCUGGAUUCAUCCCGACCUACAAGACUGUCGGAGCUGAUCAGUCCCCAGGAUGCAAGCUCUACCCCGAGGUCAUCAUGAACGGAGGUGUUCCCGGAGCAGACAUCACCUUCGAGCCUGGUCUCUGGGGUCCCUCCGACUCUACCUCGCCUUAAAGCUUGCGAUUCACUCGAGCUACUCUGUAUGGAUAGGAUGAGAGAGGUAGAAUUCCUCUUUCUUGAGAAAUUUCAGUCAUUCAAGAAAAUUCUUAGCAUCA